UUUGAAAGAAAACCCAUAGAGCCAUUUGAACUCGAACCUUGUGUUGUAAGCGUGGCUUGAUUUCAUUUUUCCCCCAAGAGGUUAAAGACGCAACUCAAGGAGUUCAGUGGGCUGCAGUGCCCGGUGCUGAGUGCUUGUUAUUAUCCAAUGCUGGUAUCUUUCUACGAACAGCCAAAAGUCUCACCAACUCGUAUGGCGUUGCUAUAAUAGAAGACGUUCAUCCAGGAUACUAUCAGGUAAAUGACAAGCUCACGGUCAUAUUUUAUUUAUUUAUUCUUGCUUUUAUUUAUUUCUGGCGAUGUUGAGAGCGCAAAAGACUUAAGCCAGACCGCGUUGUCUCUCGAGAUGUGCCAGGCUCCAUAGACGUUUUGGUGGGGAUCUGUCACCCAUACCAGUUUUCCAAAUCCUGACCCAUUUCUGAUCAAUGUACUUCAUUUUUCAUCCCCGAAUUAAAAAACCUUCGCCGCAUUUUCAGAGCUGGUGGUUCCCAUAUCUACAGAAGUGAAUCGCGCCAAAUCUGCUUUUAUUUUAAUACCGCCCGAUAAAAAAGGGGGGAAACGGCUGCAUGGACGUAAAUAUGCUCCUUCGGUUUCCCUUUAAACUAUACCCAGGUUUAAUCCGAACUUGAUGGCAAAAUUUACGACCUAUUUUCCGAAAAAAAAAAACAUCUUGAGUAGGCUAAUGCGACAGGAUAGUCCCCCAAGUCUGUAAGGCACGUACCUAGCUCUAACGCACACCACAAAACGGACGGGAAAACUACGUUUUCUCACCAUUUUCACCGAAGAAGCAAAAAUGCCCGUGGGUCGUGCAAAUUGGCACACACCAAUAUGUCUUUUUUUAAAGUUUAUGUUCUUUUGUUGACUUUUACUUGUCUGAUAACACCAUCUUCCAGGUUCGAACGUCUCGGAUCGGGUAUUACACGCUAAACGAGGAUCUGACAAUCGCUUCCAACACUAACAGACACGCCAUGAUUCAACAAGAUAUGGUGAUUUCCCCCCGGCUCUACCUCCGGGGAUCGGAUGAUAUGUACCGGAUCGUCCUCACGUGGGGAAGGUCCCCCAAGGAUUUAGAUUCUUAUCUCAUCACCCCGUGGCCUCAUGAACCAGACUGCCAGUCUGGGAUGGUGUUCUUUGAUGGCAAGAGGUGUCAGCAGGGAUCGCAGACAAUUGAUCUUGAUGUGGAUGCCACCGACAUGUACGGACCAGAGACAAUCACCAUGAGAGGACUGCAAUCAGAAACAUUUGGUUAUUACGUGCAUAUCUAUACCAAUGGUGUCUGCUGGGAUAAGAUAUCGGCCAAUGUCAGGAUAUAUCAAGCCUCCACUGGCGGGCUGUUAUACAAUAUCAAACAACCAGGAUGCAGUGAGAACAGAUUUGGAUAUGACAUCAAGAACUGUUCACGUUACUGGCACGUGUUCGACUUCGACGCGUCUACAGCUAAAUUCAAAAUCUACCAGAACAAGCUCAUGCACACCGCACCCAGCCUCCCAAAGAAAAGUAUUGUCAACCCUAACUGCAGUUGCCUGGUCAAGAAUGACAUUUCCAGCGAUGACGUCAUCAAUUCUGCGGAGAAGAUUUCUGCCACAGCCGAUAAUCUUAUGGUGGACAAGCUUUGCGUCAAUGAGAUGAAGAAUAUUUACGAUAACUCAAUGAAAAAGAACAUCAGGCUUAACCCUUCGGAUUUGGUGGACAAGUUAGCCAUGUUUAUUAGCGGCCAGAUUGAAGAGAAAAGACGCCUUGGAAUGAAACUCAAGGAUGUGAUUGAAAAAGGAUAUGACGAAUACAAGACUGCCAAUCGACCCAGGAUAACAAAUCUGAAAGAGAUUGCUCCAAAACAGUGCUGCCAUUACGAUGGCGAAACUAAGUACUCCACCAAGUUUCAACGAUGGGUGAACACAAAAUCGAGCUGCUGGUCUUGGCCAAGUGAGAUAAAAGAGAUGCCUGAUGCGCUUGUGUCAGCUUACGACUGGACCAGGUCUCUGGAGAAACAGAUGAUGGAAAAUGUUGAUUCCCGGUCACAAAAGGGUCAACUCAAAUGGCAAUAUUUUGCUGAUGAUGCAACAGGAUUCUUUCGAAAGUUUCCUGCUGCUUUAGUCAGUUCAUCCAAGUGUGGAACAAAAGAUGAACGACUUCAGCCAUGGUACAUAGCAGCCAUUCUGCGUCCAAAGAAUGUAGUCAUAUUAUUUGACAUCAGCUACUCCAUGAAGGAAGAAAAUAAAAUUAUAUUUGCAAGAACCGCCAUCACUCCCGUCCUGAAGGGAUUACUGCCAACAGACUUUGUUAAUGUGAUCGCCUUUGCUGAAUCAGCACUUCUGCCGGGCAUGUCACACAGUGGGGAGUCAGAUCACACUUACAAUAGCUGUUUUAAUACGCAGCUUGUACAGGCCAAUGGCCAGAAUCUACUCGACUUGAAAAGAUUUGUUCAGGAUGUGCCUCUUGCUUCCACGAAAACAUCUAACUAUUACAAUGCGAUCUCAAUGGCUUUGAAACUACUCACUGAUAUGCAGAACAACCGCGACACUCACCUGAUCUUCCUGGCUGGAAGUACGGACGUUUCCACAGAAGACAUCAGUGAUCUUUUGUCCCAAAGCAACACUACAGUCAGCGUCUACACGUACAGCUUGUUAGGAGAAUCAAACAAUUCCUCAGAGCUGAAGACACGCUCUGUUAAUAGACUGCAGGAAAUGGCUCGCACCAGCAAUGGAAAGUUUGAGAGUAUAACAGAUUAUCGUGAGCUAGCCUUUAGGAUGGGCCGCUUCUACAAGAAUAUCCCCAGCAACAACAAACAAGACGAAGGACCACGGGCAAGUGUUCUAGAUAGUUUACAACAAUAGAAGUUUGCUGUAGAAAAAUGUAGUUUUUUUUCAAAGAAUCAGUCAGCAAUUUUCAAAGUAUCACUAAUGUCUCCCCUCUUUUUUUGGUGUAUAAUCCAUUGCAAAACAGACAAGUUGCCAAAAACGUAUUUAGCAAUCACGAACCCUUUUACUUUUCAAACAAAUGAAUGUUUUAUGAAUAUGAGCUAUUGUAAGUUAGGAAGCAGCUGUAAAAAAGAGAGAGAGAAAAAAAAAAACGAAAUAUAAAUGAACAAGACGCUUUGCUGCG